AUGUCCUACGACGAGCGCGCCAACGCGCGCCCCAACCUGGGCGACGAGUCCGAUGUCGAGGAGGAAGCGCUGGUCAACGACUACCGUGAGCAGGUCAACUUUGACGAUGGCAUGAGUGACCUGGAGAGGACAACAUCGCUUGGAGGUGCAUCUCAAACGCAAGAUCUUCAGGCACAGCUCGCUGCCGCUGCGACCCCGCUUGAAUACCAGGCUACGUUGGAGACCAAGUUCGCAAGCUACGACAACUACUGCAACCUUUUCCACUAUAUCUUGAACUCGGAAGGUCCCGUUGAGCUCGAGGUUCCCUCUUACUACUGGGCCUGGGAUGUGAUUGAUGAGUUCAUCUACCAAUUCGAGUCGUUCUGCCGCUACCGCAACCGUGUCGCUCGCAGCGGAUCCAACGAAGAAGAAGCACAGCUGCUCCGUGAAAACCCCAACACAUGGGGAUGCUACUCCGUGCUCAAUGUUCUCUACUCUCUCAUCCAGAGAUCGCAGAUCAACGAGCAGCUGGCUGCCAUCAAGCGUGGUGAGGACCCGUUGGCUUUUGCCGGAGAGUACGGCUCUCGCCCUCUUUACAAGAUGCUGGGCUACUUCUCCAUCAUUGGACUCCUCCGUGUCCACUGCUUGCUCGGUGACUUCAGCCUUGCCCUCAAGACCCUUGAUGACAUUGAGAUGAACAAGAAGGCCAUGUUUGCCCGUGUCAUGGCAGCUCACUUCACCACAUACUACUACGUGGGUUUCUCCUACAUGAUGAUGCGCCGCUAUGGCGAUGCCAUCCGCAUGUUCAGCCACAUCCUGGUCUACGUCUCCCGGACAAAGAACUUCCAGAAGGGUGGUAACAGCUACGAUGCUAUUGCCAAGAAGAACGACCAGAUGUACGCUUUGAUCGCCAUCUGUGUUGCUCUCCACCCCACCCGUCUCGACGACACCAUCCACUCCGCUCUCCGCGAGAAGUAUGGUGAGCAGCUCCACCGCCUCCAGCGUGGUGGCCCCGAGGCCCUCCCUCUGUUCGAAGAGCUCUUCCGCUCUGCUUGCCCCAAGUUCAUCAGCCCCACCCCACCUGACUUUGACAACCCAUCUGUCAACGUCGACCCCGUUGACCACCACACCGCUAUCUUCAUGGACGAAGUCAAGAACACCCUGUACAACCCCACCAUUCGGUCGUACCUCAAGCUUUACACCACCAUGGACCUCAAGAAGCUUGCCGGUUUCCUCGAGGUCCAGCCGGAGCAGCUCCGUUCUUGGUUGUUGGUCAACAAGCAGCGCAGCCGCCAGGUCCGCUGGGUCGAGGGUGGUCUGCUCGAGGGCGAGCCUGUCAGCGCCAACGACUUAGACUAUGCUUUGGAGAAGGAUCUCAUCCACGUUAGUGAGACCAAGGCUGGACGACGCCUGGUGGACUGGUACCUGCGCAACCUUGCCCGUGUCUACUAA